AUGGCUCUGAGGACAACCUCUUCAAAUGCCACAAUAACAAGGCCCACUACAUUGGGCCUGCUGGCUUCCCCAACCGGACACAGCCUGCCCACCUGUCUGGUCUGAGUGUGCCUUGGUUCCUCUGUGUACUGCGACGAUGCUCACCUAGAGAGCAACCCUCGUCUUCCCCAGGCAACCGCCUCCAUAUACGCCCGCUUCAACCCCAUCCACCAAAUCCGGGCCAGAGACUUCAAAGGGCUGACAGAACUGAAGGGGGUUGACCUCUCUAGCAAUUUCAUCUCCCCCAUCGAUGACGAUGCCCUCCGCCUGCUGCCUGUUCUGCAGGAUCUGAUCCUCCCAGAUAACCAGCUAGCAGCCCUGCCCAGGCUCCCUACAGGCAGCGAGGUCCUUGGCAGCUGCCUGAAUUGGCUCCAGAGCUCGGGGAUACAGCCUGGAGUCUUGAGGGCCUUGGAGAAGCUGCAGUUCCUCUACCUGGCUGGCAAUUUGCUGGAUUCCAUCCCAGGGCCUCUCCCGAGCCUGCAUUCUCUACAUCUGCAGAAUAGUAUGAUAGAGACCAUGCAGAGUGACAUCUUCUGUGAUGGGGAGCACAGGCAGACAUGGCGGUGGCUGAAAGACAUCCGCCUGGAUGACCCCAUCAACUGGGGCCUCUUCCCCGGCACCUGCUUCUGCCUGCCACGGCUCCACACAGGCCCCUUCUCCUACCUCUUCCCUGCCCCUCUCCCCAGGUGGUGGCCCUCAGAGAACCAUCGAAGGCACAACCUCCAAAAGCCUUUCUUCAAGGUGUUUAUCAGCCUCAUGCUCUAG